AUUUAGCUCUCAAACCAUAAUUCCCUGAACCAAGAGAUGUAUCCCUCCCAGUCUGCCCAAGCCUAUGAGCAUAAAUAUGGAGUGACAGUUCCCGUCCCGGUGCCGCCGGAAAAUCACAUCCCUCCAUAUACUUCUCCGGCCAUGCAUGCUCCACCUCAGAGGGGUUUGACGCCGUGGUCGACGGGCCUUUGCCAUUGUUUCGAUGAUCCUGGCAACUGUUUGAUCACUUGCAUAUGCCCGUGCAUAACGUUCGGUCAGGUUGCAGAUAUUGUGGAUAGGGGCUCUUGCCCUUGCGUGGCGAGUGGGAUAGCUUAUGGGCUACUUCUGAGCUUUACCGGCCUUGGGUGCUUGUACUCAUGCCUCUACCGUUCCAAAUUGAGAGGCCAGUAUGAUUUGGAGGAGGGGCCCCUUCCCGACUGCCUCGUCCAUUUUUGCUGUGAGCCAUGUGCUCUAUGCCAAGAAUAUCGGGAGCUUAAGAAUAGAGGUUUCGACAUGGGAAUUGGUUGGAAUGCGAACAUGGACCGACAGAGGCGUGGGGUCAUGGGAGCUCCGGCCAUGGGAGCUCCGGUCAUGGGAGGAGGCAUGACAAGAUAAGAGGACAUGCUAUUUCCUUUGUUCUUUCCUUAGUGCCAUUGCUCUUGUUUUUGGGUCCUCGUGCUUUUUUAUGCUGAUAUGUGUUAUGAAACAGUUUGUAUGAAAAUGUUUGUAUGUAACAGUGAAGAACAUUGGGUUAUUAGCUAAUAUUAUUUAUUCUUCUUUCUCUCUA